AUGACAAAAUAUUAUCCUUAUGGUGUGUCACUUAGUAAAGGGCAAUUGGAAAAGCUUUCGAGAGCUUAUAAUAAUAACUCGGCAAUAACGAUCAGAUUAGCCAGAAAUGAGUUCUCCGGCCCACAUGAAUUAAUGCCCACAAAAUGUCAGAUCAAUAAACUGAAAAAGGCAAUGAAUCAGGGUACAGGGUCGGAUAUCAAGAUAUCAAAAACACAAAUCAGAAAGGCUGUUAGACAGGGUGGUAGUUUGUGGGGAUCGUUAAUCAGUUUAGGAAGUAAGUUACUACCUAUGGCAAUGCCAUUAGCCAAAAAAGCUAUCGCACCGUUUGCAACAGGAGCGUUAUCAGCAUUAGCCAGUUUAGGUGUGGAUAAAAUAUUCGGGAAAGGCCAACGAGGAGGAUUCCUUAUUCCAAUGGACAAAAUAGCACAUUUGGUUGCAUAUAAACAUUUACUGAACACCGGGCAAAAAAGGACAUUCUUAAUGCUCUCCAAACUGGUAACGGAUUACUUAUCAGACCGACGAAAACACAGCAGGGUGGUUUUUUAGGAACUCUGCUAGCGAGUAUAGGAGUCCCUCUAUUACUAAACGCAUUAACAGGAAAAGGACUGCAGGCUGACAGAACCGGUUCCGCUAAUACAACAUCUGUUUAUGUUCCAGAUACAACUAAUGGCCACGGAAUGUAA